CAGACGCCGUGACAACAGACGGCUGUUCGCCCGACGCGCCGUCCAGGUGUUCGCUGUAUGAUAUUGCAGAGCUACUGGACGGAUUUUGGAGCUUUAUCAGUGUAUUUGCCCGAAAUGGCCUAACGUGAUACGCUAUAUCUCCGAGCCCAGCUGUGACUGGGACGUCAGGCAUACCAGCGUAUCCCCUCCCCGCUCCCUCAUCUCCCGGAGAAUGAAGCGGGAGCACCGUUAAAAAAAUGAAGACUGACACGGGGAUCCGAAUUUUGAGCUGAGUGUUUAUACCUCGAGUGAGAAAAGCUAGCGGUUAGGCUAACCCGCUAGCUAGCCCGGCGGCGGCUCGGUUAACGGGAUUUGCGCCGCCAUGGCCGGGCUCAUCAAGAAGCAGAUACUGAAGCAUCUCUCCAGGUUUGCUAAGAACCUGUCGCCGGACAAGAUCAACCUGAGCACGCUGAAGGGGGAGGGCCAGCUCACCAAUCUAGAGCUGGACGAGGAGGUUCUCCAGAGCCUGCUGGACCUGCCCACCUGGCUGGCCAUCAACCGUGUGUGCUGCAACAAGGCCGCAAUCAGGAUACCAUGGACAAAGUUGAAGACUCACCCGAUCUCUUUGACUCUGGAUAAAGUAGAAAUGGAGAUGAGUACCUGUGAUGAACCCCGUCCCCCCAAUGGUCCGUCUCCCAUAGCAACAGCAUCAGGCCAAAGUGAAUAUGGCUUUGCUGAGAAGGUGGUGGAGGGGAUGUCUCUGUCCAUAAACUCCAUAGUGAUCAGGAUCAGUGCCAAGGCCUUUAACGCCUCCUUUGAGCUCUCUCAGCUGCAAGUCUACAGCGUCAACACCAGCUGGAGCAUCAGUGACCUGCGAUUCACUCGCAUCCAGGACCCUCAGAGGGGAGAGAUCCUGACGUUUAAGGAGAUCAGCUGGCAGAUGAUCCGUAUCGAGGCUGACGCUAUUCAGAGCGCCGAGCACGAGAUGUUGAGCGCACCCAUCCGCCUCAUCACCAACCAGUCCAAGAUCCGAGUCACUCUCAAGAGACGGAUUAAGGACUGUAACGUCGUGGCCUCCAAGCUGAUUCUGGUCCUGGACGACCUGCUCUGGGUGCUGACUGACUCCCAGCUCAAAGCCAUGGUGCAGUAUGCCAAGUCCCUUAGUGAGGCCAUGGAGAAGUCUGCACAGCAGAGGAAGAGCAUGGCCACAGAGGACCAGGUAUCGUCGUCGCCGCCCCCCUCAGCCCAGCAGGUACGCACCCAGCAGGCGUCCACAGCCGCUGACCAGAGCGCAACGAUGGCAAAGCUGUUCAGCGCUUACGACGUAUGCGAGACGUCACACCAUCUCCAGAUCACACACCUCGACCUGCACAUCUGUGACGACAUCCACGCUAUGGACAAAGUGAUCAAUAAGAGGAUAACAGGUGGAGCCAUGCAGCUGUCUUUCAGCUCCAUCACUCUGGACUACUAUCCCUUCCACAGAGCAGGUGACAGCUGUGCUCACUGGAUGCACUACAGCGAGGCCACCAAAACCAGAGAGGGCUGGGCACGGAGCCUGCUCGAUGAGUUCAAGUCCAACAUGGAGAUGUUAAAGACCGCAGUUAGAGACCAGCAGGGUCCGGCUCCUGCUCACGGUUCCCCACAACAUGUGUCCCUUAGGGACGAUGUGUAUGGGCCUCUAGGAAGUCAGGAGAGAGCAGGAGAAGGAGUAGGGCUUAGGGAGGCAGAUGGAGGACUCAUAGAGUGGAGCCCACAAACACAGCCUCCGGCCCAGUGCUGCUGGUGCUUAGAGCCAGGUAAGAUAAACACCACCUCUUCCAGUACUUCCUUCAGUCCUCCACCUCAAAGCCCCAAGACCCAGCUGAUGUCCAGCUCUGUUGUUCUCAGGAUGGCUGACUUCAGCAUCUACCAGGUGUCAACAGCGGACCAGCGUCGCUCCAGCCCGAAGGCCAUGAUCUCCUGCAAUAAGAAGUCCUUGUACCUUCCCCCAGAGAUGCCGGCCAUCCAUGUUGAGUUCACAGAGUACUACUUUCCUGAUGGAAAAGACUAUCCCAUCCCGUGUCCCAACCUGUACGCCCAGCUGAACGCCCUGCAGCUGGUUCUGGAUCCUCGCAGUCUGGUGUGGAUCAACCUUUUCGCCCUCGACCUCAGGCAGAGUCUGGAGCAGUUCAUGGAGAUCUACAAGCUCAACGACUCGCAGAAACCGGACGAGCAUGUUGACAUCAAGGUUGACGGCCUCAUGCUCAAGUUGGUGAUUCCCACCGAUCGGGACCCUUCCUGCCCCCCAGACCUGCCUCGCUCCAUCUCAGUGCAGACCUCAGAAAUGGUGGCCACUAACACCCGGCACCCGGCCAACUGCACCCGCUCCCACCUUGAGGCCCUGUUGCAGGCUUUCCAGGAAGAGCCCUUCUUCUCUUCCUCUUUUGCCUCAUUCCCUCGUUCCUCCUCCUCUUUACCCCUGCUCCAUCCCGUCUUCCAGCAUCACGCUCACGAACAAGACACCAGGUUGCAUGACAUCUACCGGGGCCUGAUCGUGCCGACGAUGGGGGCGAGCGCCCUGAAGAUGCCAGCCGCCACUGACUUUUGGGCGUUGCACUUUGCACAGUUCUGGGUGGAUUAUGAGGGCACCCGUGGAGGCAAAGGGCGGCCGCAGCCCUUUGUGGACUCCUUCCCUCUCACCGUGUGGGCCUGUCAGCCAGCGAAGCUUCUCCAGCACCAGAAGAAGCUGAGAGAUGCCGCUGGAUUAGGUCUACCCAGAAGCACAUCUGUAGAGGCUGUCGGACGCAUACAGAGGAAACGCUUACUAAAGGAGUAUUACAGUACUGACAGCGCGCCGACAUCAUCUCACAGCAGCGAUGCAACACUGCCACCCAGUAACGGACUCCAUAAACCCCUCUCAUUGGACAAUUUGCCUUCCUCAUCUCCCUCUUCUUUGGCGUCGUCGAGUAAAGACGCUGACAUACAUGUGUUGGUGCAUGUGCAGAAACAUUUAAGUGCUCAGGUGAGCCACCGGCAGUAUGUGUUUCUGAUGCAUCUCCAGCGCAGCAUCAAAGCCCUGCAGCAGACCUUACAGCAAGACCUGGAGGAGAUGGGCUCCAAGAGAGACCGUAAGGAUCCCUCCCAGCAUGCCGCGGACCACCAGCCCUUCACCGUCUGCCUGGGCCUCCUGCUGAAAAGCGCAGAGGUCUCCCUGCUCCUGAAGCCCGUCACCCAGCCCGAGGGUACAAGAUCUCCUCUGGGGUCAGAGCUCUCCCCCUCAGAGAGCCGAGGAACCCUGGAGCCCGGGAGCGACGCCGGAGAGGCGGCAGAGAAGGGCGAGAAAGGGGGUGACGGAGCUGGUUGCGGGGCCUGCACUGUAGACCAGCUGUUAUGCGGAGAAGGCUCAGAAAGCAGAGCCACGCAGGGUCCUGCUCCCCUCAUCCCCACCUCCACUUCCACCGCACGUCCCGACUCGAAUCACAAAGCCUCACUGGAGGAGAGGACUUCAGCUAAGAACUCUGGGAGGAGGAGUUCAGAUGAAGGGGGCGAAGUGGGAGUGGAUGGGUUGGUUGGGAGCGAAGAAACGGGAGCCGGACUAGACUCCAAACCCCAGGCGAGUGACACGCUGUCUGACCCACUCUGCACCAAAGACUGGAGUGACAAGGACAAGGCUGCAGCUGGCAAGAUGCCUCAGUCAAUAUCCAGGAAAGGAAGUUUGUCUGUCGUUUCUGAUCUCCUCAGCUCCUCAAACUCCAGCAGAUCCACCUCCCUUUAUUCCAUGUCCAACAUUGGUCGUUUGAUGAGGGACCGCUCCCAGUCCAGUUUCUCCGUUUCCUAUAAGAACAUGAAGAAGAGCCCGUCCCUGCAGUCCCUGGACAACAUCUCCAUAGACAGCUACCUGAUGGAGGACGGAGACACCUACAGCCUGUUGGAGCGAGAUGACGUGUCCAUCUCGGGAUUUAAGGACGUCAUCAGCGAGCAAAGCGCCACGGAGAGCGCCACCGAGGCUGCGACUGGUCAGGAGCAGGAAGGAGGCGUGUCCCCAGACACAGUCAGCGCCACCUCACAGAGCAUUGACGAGCCCACCAAAGAUAUAGUGUCGGUGCUUGUGUUGAAGGUGCAGUCGGUGUGUGUGGGCAUGGAGGUGCUGGGCGAGAGCACGGCCGUGGCUUUGGAGGUGGGCCGGGUCACACCCAGCCAGCUGGGCAACGUCAGCCUCAGACAGUACCUCAGCAACCGCAGCCUGGGUAUGGUGUGUUCAGUACCAAUACCUGCUCAAAGCAGCCAAGCCGGCGGCGAGAUCAGCUCUGCGUCCGUCAAAGGCCUCCACAGUCCGGAGGUGCGGGCUCGGCUGGAGAGCGGUCCCUGCGCCGCCGCCCAUUCCCCGCUGGCUGAGCGCAACGGCUUCCUGCAGCUGCGUCUCCACGGCUACCAAGCAAGCUUCCUGAUGUCCACGCUGCGCAACCUGGCCCACUUCCUGGAGGACGACUCGGCGCCGCAGGUCCUGCCCAUGGAGAUCAGCGUCAGGGACACACACAUCAACUUAAAGGAUGACGGUCCCCGUGACAAUCCCUCCGACUCCGAGCCGUCGCCGAUCACCCUGCACGUGGACAGUCUGGUCAUACACAGAAGAGACGAUGGGUCCUUUUCCAUAGGAGUGGACGGUGCAGCCGAGGCCAAACCUGGGAAAGAGGGCACGUUGAUUGACAGCUCUCUGAGUCCAGUCCCUGAGGCUGCGGGCGGCAUUGCAAAGGCCACGCAAACCCAAGCCCCGCCCACCACCCCGCCUCCAUCCUCCAGAGAAAAGAUGCUGAUCGAGGAGAACGAAUGUUUGAAAGUGGAGCUGUCCCGAGCCAAGAUGGCACUGGCCGAGGCUCAGAUGGAGAAGGACUCGCUGCUGCACCGCAUAAAGAACCUCAAAUUCAACACCAGCUAGGCUCUGCUCACUCUUCCCAGCGAGCCGGUCGCUCAGCCUCCCCUCCCUCCCCCCUCCCCCCC